AUGACUACCUCCAAAGAGCUGAUUUCUUCGGAUGUAAGUCAAGCAAACGAUAAGAAUUUUUCAGACGUUUUUGCGAUUUUGAUUUACCUGCUUCACCUCAAGGAUAUCCCAGAGAAAGGCUGGCGCAGCCUUGUCAAAAGCUCACAUCCUUACUCAUUUGAAGUAAGUGAUGCAUCGAAAAUAAUGGAGUGUUUAGAGCUUUUCAUAGAGCUGAGACUUGCAACCACGACGAUUCGGUAUUCGAUUAAAACUACUUUGGCCAUGGCUCUCCUUUCGAAGUUCUUCACAGCCCAUUUGGUUCACGAUCCAACGUCACGAACUACUUCAAAUUUAAAAUCUGCUAGCAAACUUCAAGUCACCCCAAAGGGUGCAGCUAUUGUUUUCGAAUUCUUCAAAAACAUUGGAAUGAGAGAGGACAAGAUGCCUCCGAUCGUUUUUUCGUCAAUCAACACUAUGCUGUUAUUUCACUUCGAUCGAUCUCCUAAUACAGGCAAGGUUCUCAAUUCUGAAUACUUGAAUCAUGUGCUUAUUACUCAUGCCAUGGGCCCUUUACCUAAUGUUUGGCGUCCCGACCAAAGGCAAGCUUCGGUCAAAAACUUACUUUUGGAAGAAUCCUUAUACAUGGGCGAAAGUACCAAUAAUAUGAUGAGAGACACUCCCAGUCCAUUUCAUCAUCGCUAUUUUUCUAACCCACAAUCAGAUGCUCACAUCCAAUACUACGAAAGUUCAUCCGGCGUACGACUCUUUGCAGACCGGAAAUUCAUUCAUGGUAACGAAACUACCAUUGUCAGUUAUUGCUUUUCUGGAAAAGCAUUGGUACAAUGGCUUUGUGACUGUACGACUUUGAAUUCAACUGGUGAGGCAAUUGACCUUUGUCAGUUGUUGCUCAACCAAAGACUCAUUACUGCAGUUACAGUAUCGCUUUACUCAGAGGCAUUCUACAACCAUCCAGAUGCAAUUUACACGCUUACCGAGCUUGGUGGCCAGUCUUGUAAAUGGUGGAACAUUGAGUCGGCUGUUCCCCCAGCUCGGACUGAGAUUGACUUGCCAGAUAUACUCCUGGUGGAUGAAAAGCCAGGGAUAAAGAAAAGGAAAGUCAAUCUUGAGUUCAUUCUUUCCGACCCUGGGUUGCGGUUCUUAUUCAAAUUACAUCUAGAAAAAGAGAGCUGCAGUGAUAAUUACGAAGCUUACCUCCAGCUCAAAGAAUUCAUCCACAGGAGAAGAAGCUGCAGUAGAUUGUUGAGACACGCCAUAGAGGCAGAGCCUUCCAAGAGGAGAAAAUGUAAGAUUGCAAUUGAAAGCUUUGCGGCUAGCAAUACCCUAAUGGCAUUUCACAUAUACUCAAAGUAUUUCAGUGUUCUGUCUGUGUACAAUCUUAACAUUGGGUUCGGAUUACAGCAAGAGUUGGAUUCAAUAAUUGCAAACAUUGAGCGGUCACCAAUAAGCCCCACAAGAGCUCUCACACAUGACAUAACUGACUUUAUCAAAACUCCAGAUGUAGACCAUUGUUUUGAUUACUCAGAGCUAGACCUGGACGAGACAGGUUCCGAAAAUAGUGAUAAUGCAAACGCGGGAAGGGCUGCUGUGCGCGAUGCUCAAACCUUGGUAGUAGACUUGGCAUCGAAACUCACUUCAGAGCCCAUGCUUGACUUAGGCUGCAAAACGCUGCACGCCAACUUAAAGCGAGUGAGUUUCUUGAGUCAAGAUUCGUCAUCGUUGGAGGAGAGCAUUGAGGCUCUCACCAAAAUUUGGAGAGUUUUUGAUAAAGUGGCAGUUGCAAUCUACCGAAUGAUGGAGUCGGAUCUGUUUGCAAAAUUUGUCAGAAGUCCCGAAUAUCUCAACGCGGUGCAAGCACUUACCGAAUGA